AUGGUUUACAUAUGCACCCCCCUCCUCCACCUACAAGGACUCCUGAGGCUCCCACACAGGAGAUUAUGUCCUAAGAUGAAAAAAAAACUCAGCCAGAGCAGCACAAAGAUAUUCGCAGUUUCAGAUCCUACAUCUAGCGCCCUGACCUUGAAAAUUCCUGCACCAUACAGCGCGGGGUACAAAGGGACCUACUCAGUUCAACUAGAUAAUGCCGUAGAUUCUGAACCCCAUGCACAGCUACUAGCUAAAGGUACAUCCACCAAAAUCCGUAAACACAUACUCGUCGAUUUGCUACCCGCUGUCGAGAUCAUGAAGAUGCCGGGUUGGGUUGUUGGAGAGUGGAUUGGAUCGCCCAGUUGUGUGCCACCAGUUGUACGCAUGGAAAUUCCGGCUACUCAAACCACCAUGGCAUGGCUCCCGCGGUUGUGCAGAACAAUCACUUUAAUGGCCACAAAGUACUUCCGCAAGCGUUACAGGACACACAAUGAAGAGAGAGAUCAGAUUUGUUGGCACUGCGAGCAGAGACACUACAAUAAGGAUCUUAUCUGCCUACCCGCACGCGCGGAACCGAACCGCUAG